ACUCCUCUGCUUAUGUCAUCAUGUCACUUAUGCUGCAUUACACACAUUGUCAUUCCUCAUUCUUCCUCUGAGCAGUGUGUGUGUAUGUUUGUGUGUGUUUUGUUGUCAUGAGUGUAUCCUCAGAUAUUAUGAGCUGUAAUGUGUGUAGUGUUUCUUAUGAAAAUGGUAUCGCAGUUGGCCAGGACUGCUACUCUGGACUGAAUCUUUUGUGUGUAGCUGUCAAUGUGAAGGGAGAAAACUCUACCGACACCACUAUGGGUCAAGACAGGGGGAAGUAUGAUUUCUAUAUAGGUCUCGGCUUGGCCAUAAGCUCCAGUAUAUUCAUCGGAGGUAGUUUCAUCUUAAAGAAGAAAGGACUCCUUCGACUGGCCAGAAAAGGCUCUAUGCGAGCAGGUCAAGGUGGUCAUGCAUACUUAAAAGAAUGGCUUUGGUGGGCCGGCUUGUUAUCAAUGGGGGCUGGUGAAGCUGCCAAUUUCGCUGCAUAUGCCUUUGCCCCUGCCACUCUCGUCACUCCUCUCGGGGCCCUCAGUGUGCUAGUGAGUGCGGUCUUGUCUUCAUACUUCCUGACGGAGAGGUUGAAUCUUCACGGGAAGCUUGGCUGUUUGCUCAGUAUUCUGGGCUCCACUACCAUGGUGAUACAUGCACCUAAAGAGGAGGAGAUCGACAGCCUGAAAGAUAUGGCCAAAAAACUGGUCGAUCCAGGCUUUGUGGUCUUCGCGACAGCUGUCAUCAUCGUAGCUCUCAUUUUCAUCUUCGUAUUGGGCCCACGCCACGGGCAGACCAACAUCCUGGUGUACAUCACUAUCUGCUCUGUGAUUGGUGCCCUUUCCGUGUCUUGCGUAAAGGGAUUGGGCAUUGCCAUUAAGGAGGCCAUUGCUGGAAAGCCAGUAGCGCGAAACCCUUUGGCUUGGCUGCUGCUCCUGAGCCUGAUAGCCUGUGUCAGUACACAGAUCAACUACCUGAACAAAGCACUGGACAUAUUUAACACCUCUCUAGUCACACCCAUCUACUAUGUGUUCUUCACCACCUCGGUGCUGUCAUGCUCAGCCAUAUUGUUCAAAGAAUGGGAACACAUGGGUGCUGAUGACAUCAUCGGCACAUUGAGUGGCUUUGUCACUAUUAUCGUUGGCAUCUUCCUUUUGCACGCCUUUAAGGACAUUAGUAUUAGCUUGGCUACACUUGCUGUGUCCAUUAGGAAGGAGGAGAAGAAUGGGCCUGUAUCAAAUGGCAUGGCAGCUCACAACCACUCCACUUAUGAGCUGCUACAUAAUGAAGUCACAGAGGACAUUGACGAUAGAGAGAUGGGAUUGCCAUUUGACAGCAUCUCCAGAAGAAAUGGCACUAUGACAGUGUCUUAGGGCCAAAAAGGAACCAAUGUGCAGCAGUUGAUGAAAAUGUUUUUGUUUUUUUAGCCUUUUUUGUCCCUUUUUCGCAAUGAGAUAAAACCCAAGACAAUCAACACGAGGUAAAAAAAAAAUUAAAAAAAAAUGGACCAAUCUGUACUAAAAGUUUUGUUUUAUUCGCCUUACCCCCCUUGUUUCAGAUUAGACUACAUGGUAAGGCUUCAUCUCAUUCCUCAUGUAGCACUGUAAAUAUACACCCGUAUGUUUUUAAGAGACUUAUAUUUUAUGUACAGAUAUCUGAAUUUACAUGCACUGAGUUUCUUUCUACAAAAAUCAGUAGUUGCUUUGAUUUUGUAAUAAAGACAUCCAAGUGAAACGAGAA